CAUAACGCUUUGACAUCUUGGAUCAGCUGUUGGUCAGGUGAACACAGAACGGCGCUAUGAAUGAAGAGCAGUGAAGAAGGGGCUACAAUAGAGAGACAGCGAAAGGAUCCGUGUCAUGAUGGUGCUCGUAUUGAUUGUCGCAGGUCUUGGGGUGGUCGCACUGCUCAUGGUUUUAUUCGCACCCCACAUUAGGAAAUACUCAGCAGGUGGAGCAUGUAUGUCUAUGACUCGGCUGGACGGGAAGACGGUCCUGAUUACUGGAGCCAACACUGGUAUUGGGAAGGAGACUGCUCUGGACCUGGCUAUCAGAGGUGCGAGGGUGAUCAUGGCGUGCAGGGAUGUGGAGAAGGGUGAGGCGGCCGCAGCAUCGAUACGACGCAUCUACUCUAAGGCAAACGUAGAGGUCCGAGAGCUAGACCUGGCUGAUACCAGCUCCAUACGGGCCUUUGCUCAACGCUUCCUCCGAGAGGUCAACCACCUCCACAUCCUGAUCAACAAUGCUGGGGUCAUGAUGUGUCCCUACAUGAAGACCAAGGACGGUUUCGAGAUGCAGCUGGGGGUCAACCACCUGGGUCACUUCCUGUUGACGUACCUCCUGAUUGGCCUGCUAAAGCGGAGCGCACCGGCCCGCAUCGUCGUGGUUUCAUCCCUGGCUCAUAACUUUGGCUGGAUCCGCUUCCAUGACCUCCUCAGUCAGGGCAGCUACAACAGCGGCCUCGCAUACUGCCAGAGCAAGCUGGCCAAUGUCCUGUUUGCUAGGGAGCUGGCCCGCAGACUCAAAGGUUCCAGUGUGACGGUGAACUCUGUCCACCCGGGGUCGGUGUGUUCAGACCUGGUACGCCACUCCACCAUCAUGUCUCUGCUGUUCUCUCUGUUCUCCUUGUUCCUGAAGAGCCCUCGGGACGGGGCCCAGACAUCCAUCUACUGCGCUGUGGCAGAGGAGCUGCACUCCCUCACCGGGAAGCACUUCAGUGACUGUGCCCCGGCCUUCGUGGCACCCCAGGGGAGGAAGGAGGAGACAGCCACGAAGCUGUGGGACGCCAGCAGUGAGCUCCUGGGCAUCGUCUGGGACGACUGAUCUGAACCACCCUGAUAACACUAUCCACAGCUUGCAUCGCCAAGUGCACAC